AUGAUAUUAAUAGAUAAUAUAAAAUAUGCAUGUAUGGAAUGUAUAAGAGGUCAUAGAUCAUCAUCAUGUAAACAUCAUACAAGACCAUUAUUACAAGUACGAUCUAAAGGUAGACCUGUUGUAUAUGCGAAUGGAAAUCCAAAUCACAGAAUAGCAGUAUUUGCAGAAGAAAUAGAUGAAACUACUCCAACAAAUUAUGAAGAAGAUUCAAUAUCAUGUAAAUCGCAACCUAUAGUUAUACUAAAAUGUUCAUCAAAACAAGUUAUUGAUUUAAAUAGUGGAGAAUUAAUUGGACCAUAUGAUGAAUCAAAAACACAACCAAAUAUUUUACAAAAACAACAACAACCAAAAAUUAUAAUAAAUGACGAUAGUUUUAUAAAUACAUCAAGUUGUUGUACACCUAAAAUUUCAAAAGGUAAAUCGUGUAAUUGUUGUAAUAAUAAAAAAAAAUCUGUGAAUAAAUCACAAAUUAUUAAAUCAUAUAUAACAAAGAAACUAAAUCAGGAUGUACAACAAAAUGUUGAGUUAAUACCAUCAUGUACAAUACCUGGUACGUGUUGUUGUAAUGAUGAUUGUAAAUGUAAUGGAUGCGAAGUACAUAAUAAUAACAAUAAUAAUAAUAAUAAUGAUAAUAAUAGUAAUAAUAAUUAUAAAAGACCAGAAGAACCUAUAUCAUUUUGUUCAUGUCCACCCGAUAGUUGUGAUUGUACUAAUUGCGAGACACAUGGUAUAAUAAAUGGGUUAAAAUUGGAUGAAUAUUUCAAUGAUAAUUUACAUGAUUUUUUGUUACAAGAUUUAUCACAAUUAUUUCCUCCAUAG